AUGGAUUCCUUAUCUGACUGGCAUGGUUUCCAGAAGGAGCUAAGUGACGUUCUAAAGUCCUGCUUUGAUAUAUUUCUUCUGACAGAGAACAGAGCCUUUUCGAUCUUGCAAAAAACGGCACCGGCACCAGGAAACCCUGGGCAGGCACAGGAUCUAUCGUCGGAUACCAAGACUGUCAAUCAUCUAUUCUUUGACUUGGUGGGACGUGGUGAUGCCGAAUCCAGUCAGCGCAUGGCGAAUGAAAAAAGCGUUCAUCCCUACUUCUCUUCCUCAUUCGUGUGCACCACUUCCACGUCCCCUGCUCCGGCUGGACGACUUUUCUUUCUGAAACCUGGAACGAAGCGCCUUAACCGCUCACCAGAGGAGUUAGGCAAUCAACCAACUACUAAGAAAAGACUACUGGAAACCAAGAAAGUCGGCCUAUUAGUCCCUUUUCCCAUCCGCCUGAAAUUGGAGUUUGUCAAAUGCUCGACAAGCCGCUGUAAAAGGAAAGAUAAACGGAGGUUUUAUAGCGAUCAACUUUCAAGUAUUGGAAUCAAAGUGUACCCGAACUAUCUGCCUACAACUCUUCCCAAUCGGCAAAGAAAGGCUUUCUUCUUUCUUAGAGAUUCAAAAGGGCUGAGGCGGAUAGGACAGCGGCUUCUUCUUCGACAGCAGCGGUCAAGCAAGCAGAGGGAAGAGCGACUCAAGCGAACGAACCAAAGGCUCGAUAUAAUUGACCUGCCGCCGAUUAAGAAUUUCGAUUUUCGGGAAUGGUAUUUCGGCUGUAGUCUUCUGAAGAAAACUCCGGACCCAUUUAUGGGUUUACUUACAAAGCCUUUCCGAGUGCCCUACCUGCAGAUCAAAAUAUGGUGCGGAAAAACCAAAAUCGAUAUGAAUGGAAGAUGCCUCUGGAACUUCUUUUUCUCGGUCAGUAAAGGCCACUCGUUGCUAGGCGACUCACCCAAGCUCGAGAAUUGA